ACCGCGUUCAUCGGUUUGAACUACGAUCUCAAAUUCCCAAAGUUUGACUUCAUGUCGCUCGCAAAACCAUCUUUGUUUGAGUAUCCAAAACGAACUGCAGUUGUUACCUCCAACACCGCCGCAAAAUUACCAACUGCCCUGCUUUCAACCGCGGUGAAGGCUAUUAAAUCUAGGGAUAUAAACAAGACUGAAGCAGAGCAGAAGAUUAUCGCUGAAAAAGCAGCUGCAAAGUCUUUCAAUGAAAGUGGAGCUGGAAAAGGCAAGUCAUCAAUUGAGAAGGUAACAGACACUAUGCAGGCUGAUAGCGCAGCAACGGUGGAGAAGAAGGCUGAGUCAGAAGCAAUGUUUGAGAUUCUGUGCAACCCGACGCGGGUGGUCCCUGCACAAGAGAAAUACAUAAAGUUUAUGGAGAGCAGCAGAUACGAACCGGUGAAGCUAGCUCCAUCAGGGUUCGUCCUUCUAAAGGACUUGCAUCCGCCGUAUCCCAAGGUUCUCUUUAUGACCACCGACACACCUACUUCAACGGCUGUCAAGCAAGGAUCCACGCCAGUCUGAAUACACAUCAUGGUUUUGUUUUGAUUAGUGGGUAAUUGUUGGUUUUUUUUGGUUAACAUGGAACAGUUUGGAGAUGUGGAAUUUACUACAGUUCAAGAUGGUGAAGACUUCGAUCUCAGAGAGGUUUGUUCCGUACCAAAACUUGGUAAGGUCACUUCCUGUCAUUUCUCAUCGGAUGGGAAAUUCUUGGCGAGCGCUGGACAUGAUAGGGAGGUGUUCAUCUGGAACAUGGAAACAGGUCACGCUGAGACCACUCCUGACGUACAUGCGGAUAUUAUCACUGAUGUUCGCUUCAGAUCCAAUUCAACUCUACUUGCAACAGCAUCAAUCGACCAAACUAUAAAAUUCUGGGAUGCUUUUAAGCAUGGUUAUAAUUACUGCCUACGAAUG